AUGUCUCCGAACGCAGACAACGCUAUGGCCCGCUUUCUUUUUGCUAUCCUCAAGCAAAAGAACCUCAAGGAUAUUGAUUGGAACCAAGUCGCUCAAGAUCCUGUACUCAUGCAGCCCAUUACCAACGGGCAUGCAGCACGCAUGCGUUACUCUCGUUUCCGAUCCACGAUUCUCGGCCACGAACCGAACAAGAGACGCAGCUCCUCAGAUGACAAAUCGAAGGUGUCAAAGUCGAGAAAGAGUUCGCCUUCCCUUAAGAAGGAAAGUAUCGUCAAGUCUGAAUCGCAUGUCAGCUUGUCGUCGUACCCUCAUCUCUCUUCAGCUUCAGUAUCACCAUACAUGGACAGCCUUGGAGAUGAUUUUGACAACCGCUUCAUGACACCUGGUAGCGACGACCUGACUCAGUCGCUUGCCAUCCAUCCUUCCGCCCUCGACUAUAACAACAUCGAACCCGCUUUCCUCAAACAAGAGCCCGGAUUGGAUGAUGUGUCGGAUUUCUCCGCCUUCGAGGCCGCCUUCAACUACCACACCUACAGUCAGAACAUCACUGACAGCUCCCUCAUGGAUUCCAGCAAUGACUGGAGCCAAGACCCUCAUUUUUGA